CUAACAAACCGACCAACUACCGUGUUCCCGCUCAGAAUCAAAAUGUCGGCGACGCUUCCCCUAUCAUCUCCUUCCCCGCUCCCUCUUCCGCCCAAAAACCCUAAAAACCCAAGAUCGAUCCAAGCAUCUGAUUCCCAAGACCCCAUUAAUGCUCUUCUUCAUUACCUCCAUGUGGUAUCCCGCGGCCGAUCUCCCGCUAAAAUCGUCUUCAUUUCCGCCAUGAAGGCCUGCUCCCUCCGCGCCGCCAAAGCCGGCCAAUCCCUCCACGCCCACAUCGUCAAAUCCGGGUUCGCGCCCGACCGGUUCGUUGCGAGCUCUAUUGUCGCCUUCUACUCCUCGUGCGGCCGAUUGGGCUUUGCCCGCCAAGUGUUUGAUGCAGUGCCCGUGAAGGAUGCGGUGCUUCAAACCGCAAUGCUGAUGAGCUAUGUAGAUAAUGGCGAACUUGCUGUAGCACGGAGAUUCUUCGAUGAGAUGAAUGAAAGGGAUGUUGUCGCUUGGAAUGCGAUGUUGAGCGGGUACAUACGCCACGGGCUUCCCGAAGAAGCUCUCGAGCUGCUUCGAGAUAUGCAGAUCACGAUGCUUAGGCCAAAUGAGGUGACGCUCGUCUGUGCCCUCUCAGCUUGUUCUCAGAUGGGCUCCCUCGCUUUGGGUGAGUGGCUUCAUGGCUACAUCGAUAAGCACUUGGGUGCUUCUGGAAAAAGCCCUACUUUGGGUAAUUGCCUUGUACAUAUGUAUGCAAAGUGCGGUAGGUUGGAUAUUGCAUUCGGAUUGUUCGUCCAGCAGAAGCCGAAGAACUUGGAGUCGUGGAACACCAUGCUGACCGCCUUCGCCCUCCACGGCUGCGGAAUGAGUGCUCUCUCCCUCUUCUCUCAGAUGAUAAAGUUAGGAAUUUGGCCCGAUAGGAUUACCUUCCUUGGGGUUCUAAUGGCGUGUAGCCACACGGGCAGGGUCGACCAUGCCCUACAAUGCUUUAAUUUUAUGACCAGAGUUUAUGGUGUCGAGCCCAACGCCGACCACUGCGGAUGCAUGGUCGAUGUUCUGGCUCGUAAAGGGCUUCUCAAAGAAGCUCGAGAAGUGAUUAAAAGUAUAGCUUUUGAAACUGAUGCUUCUAUUUGGGGUGCAUUGUUGGUUGGAUGCUUUACUUAUGCCGAUUACGAUCUCGGUUUAGAAGCUGCAACACAUCUGGUCGAGCUCGAACCGUGGGAGGAGGGCCGAUAUGUAGCUCUGUCGAAACUAUAUGAGAAAGUUGGUAGAAUAGAGGAGGCCAUGAGAGUGAGAAAAGCAAUGGAUGAGGCUUGUACCGAAAGGUCCGCGGGAAGAAGUGUGAUUGAGGUUGAUGGUGUUGUUCAUGAGUUUAUAGCAGGAGAUAGAUCCCACUACCGGUCAAAGGAGAUUUACUCGAUGAUUGAGAUACUGUGUUUGAAUUUCGAGCUUGUCGAUCAACAUGAUGAGGCAAUGUACGGGGGCAGUUCGACAGAGUUAACGUCUCCAGGAUAUGGCAACCAAAGCCCUAAUCCUCCUCUACUCUCUUUCAAUCCAGUUUCGUUCCCUUUAGAUUCGUCAAGGGAUUUAACCCACUCGACAACCGAAGAAUGUUCUCUAGUGUGCUUAUGCAGUAUGAACAACGAAUUAUAUGCGCAACUGGGAAACAUGAAAAACUUGAACGCAUCGCCUAACCUGUACGUUACGUAGCCGAAACUGAGUUGAUCUCUUGGUGUGAAAAGACUGACCUCGUGGAACCAAAGGCAGCUGAACAAGUUUGCCAUCGCUGUGUGUUCUCGCUUUAGGACGGCUCCCUCUGGUACAUCUGCAUUUGAUAUGCAACUAUCUUUAGCAACUACAGUUGAAGCUUUAACAGAAGUGGAUUGCAUAUUAUGAAUGUG